AUGCGGUUUUCAAGUCGUCGUCUCCGUCAACUUAUCUCCACACUUCAUCCUUCCAUGAUUUUUCUAUCACGAGCCUCCUCAAGCUCCUCGUCGAUGCGCAACAUUAACGGAGGCGGGAUGAGGAUGUUGAAAUCGAAGUCGGAAGAAAAUCUCAGCAAGCUCAGCGAUUGUAUGGACAACAUGGACGAGGAUGUCUCGAAGCUUUUCAUCGAGUGUCAUCAAACGGAUUUUCGCAAAGAUCCCGAGUUGCUUCUUCUUCUCAACGAAUACUUCACCACAAGCAAAAAAGUCUCGGAGCUUUGCGAGUGUCUAAGAAACUGCCUAGAGAACAUUCAACAUGACGAAUGCGUGUUACUUGACGAGUCCUUGCGUGACUUUGAGGAAGAGAAGAAAAGCUACGGUGAAUCAUUACAGCCUAGUUUUAGAAAAACGACGCAGGAUCUUAGAAAUUUCACUGCCUUGCAUCAAAGAGACUACAUAUAUGAUGUAAUUUCAGGGGAUUUUCUCAAGAAGAUUCAGACAUGUCACCAAGAUCUAGGCAAUAUGAUGGUCAAGCUAGAGACAACGAUGAAGAAAAUUGACAAGAAGCUGAGACGUGUAAGAGGAAUAAGAGUCGUUGUUGCAGCUGCGUUACUCGCUUCAGUAAUUGCUAUUGUGUCUCUGAGCAAAUUUGUCGCUGGGAUCUUUGGAUCUGUUCCUGUAGAGCCGAUCACUACAUUCGUUGCUUCUAAAUGGAAAAAGUCGACUGAGACAUUGAAACGAGAGAAGAUAGCGAUGACUACAAUGGAGAGGGAGAUGAUGGUUGCGUUGAAAGAUGUCGAGAAAAUUAGUAUACUCGUUGCUAGGUUAGAAGCAGUUGAAAGGUCAAUUAGAGUAACGGCAGAAUUAGCCGUUAAGAAAAAAUCUGUGCCCUUAGCCAUGACAGAGUUGGAGAAGGAAAGAAAGAGUUUGAGCUCAACUUUGGUUGACCUAGACAGAGAGACUGGACGGUGUGAUGGUUUUGUGCAAUUUGGACGUAGCUUGGCUCGGGAUAAAAUUUUUGAGUUUCUUUCUCAUGGACAGAAAAAAUCUGAUUAA